AUUUCUCAUCUAUCCGCGCAAACCCUAACCCGUAUCUUCUAUCGCCGGCUUUCAUAUCUCCAAUCUGCAGAAACGACCGAGCGCAUGGCAGAUUACGAUCUAACUUCUCGUAUCGCGCCUCACUUCGAUCGUCACCUUGUCUUCCCGCUCCUCGAGUUUCUGCAGGAGCGAGAGUUGUACGCGAACGAUGAGAUUCUCAAGGCCAAGAUCCAGCUUCUCUCCCACACCAACAUGGUCGACUACGCCAUGGACAUCCAUAAGGCCCUUUACCAUACAGAAGAUGUGCCCCAAGCAAUGGUGGAUAGGAGGGUGGAGGUCGUCGCUAGGCUGAAAUCCCUCGAAGAGUCCGCUGCGCCCCUCAUCUCCUUCCUUCAAGAUGCUAACUUGGUCCAGGAAUUGAGGCCUGACAGACAGUACAACAUCCAAAUGCUCCAUGACCGGUUUCAGAUUGGUGCUGAUCAGAUUGAGGCUCUCUAUCAGUAUGCAAAGUUCCAAUUUGAGUGUGGUAACUAUUCAGGCGCUGCAGAUUAUUUAUAUCAAUAUCGUGCCCUGUGCACUAAUAGUGAGAGAAGUUUGAGUGCGCUGUGGGGAAAACUUGCUGCAGAGAUUUUAAUGCAAAAUUGGGAUAUUGCUCUUGAGGAGCUCAAUCGUCUUAAAGAGAUAAUUGAUUCAAAGAGCUUUUCUUCUCCUUUAAAUCAUCUGCAGAACAGGAUCUGGUUGAUGCAUUGGAGCCUUUUCAUAUUCUUUAACCAUGAAAAUGGAAGAAAUAGUAUCAUUGAUUUAUUCUUCCAGGACAGGUACUUGAAUGCUAUUCAAACAAAUGCACCUCACCUUCUCCGUUAUGUUGCCACUGCUGUCAUUGUCAACAAAAGACGGAGAAAUAUGCUGAAGGAGUUGGUCAAAGUUAUUCAACAAGAGCAGCAGUGCUACAAGGAUCCUAUAACAGAACUCAUAGAAUCCUUAUAUGUGAAUUAUGACUUUGACGGAGCUCAGAAGAAACUCAAGGAGUGUGAGCAAGUAAUUUUGAAUGACCCUUUCCUGGGCAAACGCGUUGAAGAUUCCAACUUCACCACUGUUCCUUUAAGGGAUGAAUUCCUGGAAAAUGCCCGUCUCUUUAUUUUUGAGACCUACUGCCGCAUCCAUCGGUGUAUCGAUAUCAGUGUGCUUGCUGAAAAGUUGAACUUGAAUAUGACCCAUGAUGAAGCACUGGUUUGGAUAACAAAUCUCAUUCGCAACUCGAAGCUUGAAGCUAAAAUAGAUGCUGUUUCAGGGACUGUAACCAUGCCAGUUGUUCAUCAAAAUGUGCAUGAACAGAUUAUAGAAGCCAUGAAGAAUCUCAAUAUGCGGACGUACUUAUUGGCCAAGAACAUCACGGAACCUGCACAAGCUGCUCAAGCUUCUCGUUAACCGAAGCAAUUGAUUGAAUCACUUAUGAAAUCUUUGAUUAUUGCGAAGUCUUUUGUUGUUAUACUAUUGUUUUUUUUUUAAAAUCUGAUUUAGGUAUUUUUCUUGUAAACCUUUUUUCAUAUGUGGAGAUAUCUGUAAUUGCCAGAUUUGUUUUCACAUUUCUUUAACUUCUUUGCCUUGGUGGAAUGAUUGCCUCCUUGAAGAAAAACCUGGAUUACUAUCAAUUAAUCUUA